AUGACAACCCGCGUAUUCGCUCUCAUCAUUGGCAUAGACAAAUACAAGUCCGGCGGCAUAUGGAAUCUCGAAUCUAGCGUUGACGAUGCAAAGAAUAUCAAGCAUUGGCUAACGCAUGACCUUCAUGUUCCCCGCGACCAGGUCUGUCUCCUUCUCGAUGCCGAGGCUACGAAGCGGAAGAUCGAGGACAAGUUCACGAGCCAUCUGCUCCGAAACCCCGCUAUUGAGCCCGGUGACGCCAUUCUGGUCUACUUCGCAGGGCACGGAAGCAGGAUGCGCUCACCGCCUGGAUGGUUCGAGAACGGCAAGGGCGAGGUCGAAAUGCUGUGCCCGUAUGAUCACGACACGAGGUCUGGGGAGGGUCGAAUCGCCGGGAUCUCAGACCGUUCAUUGCACACGAUGCUGCGCGAACUCUGUCAAGCUAAGGGCGAUAACGUCACUCUCAUGCUGGAUACUUGUUUCUCGCCUCCCCGUACUGCGGAGGGGUCUCGGAACCGGAGUCAUGUCCGAUUCUCACCCACUUUGAAAGCAUCCCCAGACGAUCUUCUCUCUGGACUCUGGAGGAGCGCCACCUCCGACAAGAAUCAGCACAGCGCCAGCCGAGGGUUCACAGCGACUAGCCACAGCACUCAUGUCGUCUUUGCCGCGUGUGGAGCGGGGUGGGUCGCGACAGAGGGGAAGGCUGGCGGUAACUUCACAUCGUCACUGAUGGCAUUAAAGGAUCGAAUAGCCCUUCACAAGUUCACGUACACCGACAUGGCUUCCGAAGUCGCUGCGCUCAUGGACGACCACCAGCAAGCAGUCUCGCUGGGGAGGCAUGUCGAUCGCGUUUUAUUCGAUGAAGUACCCUUCCUUCCUGAUGCGCGCUACGUGUCGGUCGACAUCUAUGAUCACGAGAAGCUACGAAUCGACGCUGGCGCGAUCCAUGGCAUCAUGGAAGGCUCGGAAUUUAGCAUCCACCAACACAACCACCGCGGUUCCCUCAACCCCGUCCUCGCAACCUACUCAGCCAUUGAGGUGUACCCUACCUGGUGCGUCGCGCGAUGCACCUCCUCUAUCAAGGGCAUAACCCGGCAAGGUUGGGCGCGCGUCACAAGGUGGAAUAAUCGAACCCCGUUCCGUGUGCAUAUACGACAAUCCCUCCUCUCCCUCUUUCGACGUUGCCACCUUCGGAAGGCUAUACCCACGGAUGCCGAGAAGCCCUCCUCACGCUCAGAGACAAACAUGCUGCGGGUGAGAAGCGCGACUCAAGCGGAUAUGUCAGUCCAAUUGCGGCGCCGCGAGCUCGUCGUAGAGCGACAUGACCCCCUUAUCGCGGCCAACUGUCGCCGAAUUAUUCAGCUUCCAAGCCGGCGAGCCAGCAGCGAUCUCAAGAUCAUCGACGAUGCUGCACGCUUUCACUUGCACCUGCAUAGAAGAAACCCGGAGAGACCCUUACGCGGGCUCGUGAGUAUGGAGAUCUUUCAGCUUGACGCGUCCACCUGGACGCGCAUCAGCGGUAAUUUGCUGGUGAAUGGCAAAGCGGAGAUCGUCUAUGACGAGAAGGCCACGCUCUACACCAUCGUGCUUCAUAAUCGCUCGGACUAUGACCUCUGGCCGUAUCUCGCGUAUAUGGAUGCGACGGGGUAUGGUAUCAGCAUGAUCUGCCACCCGGAUCUGUCUUCAUCCACUGAUCCACCGUUUCGCAAGCAUUCGCAGAUGGCCGUAGGAGAAGACCCGGACGACAGUGCGUUCACGUUCGCGCUGGGAGACGGCGCUGAGGUCGGGGCAGGGUUUUUAAAGCUCUUCGUGUCCUCCACGUUCACUCCUAUGACGUUCAUCGAACAAGGCCCCCCGUCGGUCGCGUCCAAAGUCCCGCGCAUGCGGAAAGCACGGGACACGCAGCCCACCCAGACGGAUCUGUGGGACUCCGUCAUGGCCUGUAUUACGGUAGUCCGCAAGUCCGGCAGGGAAAGAUAA